AUGGUCAAUCUUGAUAAGUCUGAAGCCUCUUUCAGUCGAAAUAUGCUGGAUUCUAUCAUAGAAAUGAUCCCAAACAUGAUGAGUGUAAAGAUUGUUCAAUCUCAUUCGAGAUACAUGGGUCUCCCGGUUCUCUUUGGUAGAUCCAAAAAAGAGUUUUUUUCUCUCAUGAUUGACCGUGUGUGGAAGAAGUUGAAAGGGUGGAAGGAAAUAGUUUUGUCUUGGUCUGGGAAGGAGGUGUUCAUUAAAGUUGCUGCCCAAGCAAUUAUGUUAUAUAUUAUGAGAUGUUUCAAGUUACCAGAAGGAGUUUGUAGGGACAUAGAGAGUAUGAUGUCCAAAUUCUGGUGGGGUUCUACUUCUAGAGAAGGAGAAAGGAAAUUGCACUGGUUUAGUUGGUAG